UCAGUGCGCUCAGAGGAGAAGGAGGAAGCGGAGAGAGAGGAGCUCAGCGGCAGCUCGUCUACUCAUUUGAGGAACAAGAUUGCAGAAAAUUAAACCACUAAACAAAACUACCGAAAGCUAACUAUCAGCUGAUCGCGUCACCGCAGGGGUUUUCCUCCACUCGGAACAUCGCGCGAGAAGCCACUUUGUGCCACCUGAGAGGCGCCGACAGCUUGCGUUAGUCAGGUAAAGUAAAAUAAAAGACAGAUAGACAGACAGCUGGAGAAUGGCAGACACGGUGGCGGUGGCGGCGGCUGCUGCGUCCAACAGCGACGGGGAGGACGGACCCGGGGAGCCCAUGCGGGGCUUCGCGCGCCAGGGUGCCCUCCGCCAGAAGAACGUGCACGAGGUGAAGGACCACAAAUUCAUCGCGCGCUUCUUCAAGCAGCCCACCUUCUGCAGCCACUGCACAGACUUCAUCUGGGGUUUUGGCAAGCAGGGAUUCCAGUGUCAAGUGUGUUGUUUCGUGGUCCACAAACGUUGCCAUGAGUUCGUCACUUUCUGCUGCCCUGGUGCCGAUAAAGGACCUGCAUCAGAUGACCCGAGGGCAAAGCACAAGUUUAAGAUCCACACCUACUCCAGCCCAACCUUCUGCGACCACUGUGGCUCUCUGCUCUACGGCCUCUUACACCAGGGCAUGAGAUGUGACCACUGUAUGAUGAACAUCCAUAAGCGCUGUGUGGCCAAUGUGCCGAGCCUGUGCGGGACGGACCACACUGAGAGGAGAGGUCGCCUCCAGAUCACCGCUGAGGUCAAGACUAAUGUACUCACUGUCACCAUCAAAGAGGGCAGGAAUCUUGUUCCUAUGGACCCCAACGGUCUGUCAGACCCCUACGUGAAGCUCAAACUGAUCCCAGAUCCCCGCAGCGAGAGUAAACAGAAGACCAAGACCAUAAAGUGCUGCCUCAACCCCACCUGGAAUGAGACCUUUAAAUUCCACCUGAAGGAGUACGAUAAGGACCGCCGUCUGUCGGUGGAGAUCUGGGACUGGGACCUGACCAGCCGCAACGACUUCAUGGGAUCGCUGUCCUUCGGCAUCUCGGAGCUCCAGAAACUAGGAGUGGAUGGAUGGUUCAAGCUGCUCUCCCAGGAAGAAGGCGAGUACUUCAACGUGCCCGUUGCUCCGGAGGGGGAGGAGGGCAACGAGGAGCUCCGGCAGAAGUUUGAGAGAGCCAAGAUUGGACCGGGCAAGAAUGCAGAAGGCAAGUCGGCCAAUGCUGCCUCCAGGUUCGACUCCAACGGGAACCAGGAUCGCAUGAAGCUGGCCGACUUCAACUUCCUGAUGGUGCUGGGCAAAGGCAGCUUCGGCAAGGUGAUGCUGGGGGAGCGUAAAACGACAGAGGAGCUGUACGCCAUAAAGAUCCUGAAGAAGGACGUCGUGAUCCAGGAUGAUGACGUGGAAUGCACCAUGGUGGAGAAGAGAGUGUUGGCGUUGGCUGGAAAGCCCCCGUUCUUAACACAGCUGCACUCCACUUUCCAGAGCAUGGACCGUCUAUAUUUUGUCAUGGAGUACAUAAACGGAGGAGAUCUCAUGUAUCAGAUUCAGCAGGUCGGCAAGUUCAAAGAGCCCCAUGCUGUAUUCUACGCAGCGGAGAUCGCCAUUGGUCUGUUCUUCCUUCAUCUAAAGGGCAUCAUCUACAGAGACCUGAAGCUGGAUAACGUGAUGCUAGACUGUGAGGGCCACAUUAAGAUAGCAGAUUUUGGCAUGUGUAAAGAAAAUAUGAACGACGGAGUCACCACCAAGACCUUCUGUGGAACACCGGACUACAUAGCUCCUGAGAUCAUAGCCUACCAACCCUAUGGGAAAUCUGUGGACUGGUGGGCCUUUGGAGUAUUGCUCUAUGAGAUGCUGGCUGGACAGCCUCCAUUUGACGGUGAAGAUGAGGAUGAGUUAUUUCAGUCCAUUAUGGAGCAUCACGUCUCCUACCCCAAGUCAAUGUCCAAGGAGGCAGUCGCUAUCUGUAAAGGGCUGAUGACGAAGCAUCCAGCGAAGCGGCUCGGCUGUGCUCCGGAGGGGGAGAGAGACAUCAGGGAGCACAGCUUCUUCCGCUACAUGGACUGGGAGAAACUGGAGAACAAGGAAGUGCAGCCACCAUUCAAACCAAGAGCUUGUGGACGCGAUGCCGAGAACUUUGACCGUUUUUUCACACGCCACCCGCCGGUGCUGACCCCUCCCGAUGAGGAAGUGAUUCAGAACCUGGACCAGGACGAGUUCCAGGGAUUCUCCUUUAUCAACCCAGAGUUCCCAGGAGCUGAUGCUACCCCCACUGCCGCCGAGCAGGCUUGAUUUCAGCUCAUGCACGCACACAAACACGUACAUAUAUACCCCCGGUAUCAACCCUGUAUGCCCUGGAUCACUCACACACACACACACACACACACAUAUCAACUUUAAAUAUCCUUUAAAUGAUUUACAAUGUUACAGGAGCCAAGAAGCCAUGACUUAAACUGAUACACAGACACACUGUAUACCCAAAAACACACACAUUUGUUGUUCACACUGCUGCAACCUUCUUCUGAGGGUCCAUGUGCUCUCUAUGAAAGGGCCUGAAUGCGUGUAGCACUCUAGUGCAGCCCAGAAAAUAGAAUUCAGACUGAGAAAUUGGGAUAAUUUGAUUGAACAAAUCCUUUUUUUCAUGCUUCUACGUGGUCAAAAUGUGACUACUUAGCAAGAUACGAGUCAUCGACUUUAUCCGAGCUUUGAUUCAACUUGUGUCGCUCACAGUGUGAACAAAGUGUUUGUGUUCAUUGGACACCUCAUCAGAAUAAAUGGUGACCCUUAAAAUCCAGACUUUAACUUGGGGAACAAAAAUGUCAUAAACGCAGUAAAUUUACGCCCUAAAUCCAGAUUAGUAGUCAAGUCGUGAGUCCACGGCCAGCACAUGAAAAUGCACGACAGCAUAAUUCACAUGUAACAUAGCGUCAGCAUUCCAUUUUGUUACCUUUUUUUUUGUUUUGGUGGAAAUUGUGAUUUAACUUUUCUUUCACUCAUUCCUCAACUAUUCUGUACUUCUGGUGUGCUUUUUGUUAAUGUGCAGUAAUAAUGGUGUCUGUAUGUUGAUCCUUAUCUUUAACUGGAAUGCUUCACAUACUUGUGCAUGAGUUUCUAUAUCAAUAAUAGCCCCGGACUUCGUCUCCCAGCAGCAUGUUAGCAUCUUACCUCUGCACCCCUGUGCUCUCAUGGUUUUUCAAAAUAUGUAUUUGGUGUAUGAUUUUACGCAUUGAGACGGUGGAAGAUUUGUGCCACAACAGACCACAAAUAUCAGAUUUUCUUUGUGUCUUAUUUGCUGUUCAGCACUGGGCUCAUGAUGGUAAAAUGCUGUUGGGAAAGGUAGUCUUUAUACAGGCUUUAAGUCAGUUAAAUAGAUAAUACUACUUCUUAUACUCUCACUUUCUGUUAUCUAGUAUAUAAGCAAUGAAAGAGACUAGCAGUUAGUUUCACAAAAAGCAUGAUUCAGAUACCUGGGCAUUUGUUUACAGCGUGUGUGUGUGUGUGUGUGUGUGUGUGUGUGUGUGUGCGCGUGUGUGUGUGCGAACGAGCACUGGGUAUGAAAACGCACGUUUGCAUCUUUGAAUGUGUGUCAGUACCUGCCUUCCCAGCGCCUUGCAUUGGCCUUGCGUUUACAUUUGUUUGUGUGGUGAAUGUCUGCACCCCCUCAAAAUACAGCAGUAUUGGUAUGAUCCACUUUACUUCCAAACAGCGGCUCCACAAGUGGCUGAAGAGAAGAAUAGAAGGAGAGAUGCAUGAUAUUUAAAUUUAAACAUUUAAAGAUCAUAUCAGGUUUCAGUAAAUGUCGACUAGAGAUUAGUAAUACUAGAGAAAAUGUGUGCUUACAUGAAGUCCUAAUGACUUCCUCAAGCCUUGUGUUUGAAUCAUUGACGUUUGUACAGCAAAAAGAAAAGAAAGAAAUGCCAUGAGCUGGAUUUCAAACAGCGGACCAAUAUGUCAUGCAGCUCUACUUCUGAUCGAGAUUCUCUGGUUACGUGGGAACGGAUUUAAGGCUCAACUCACUAUGAUUGGUGUUUUUCAAGCAGCACAUGAGGACACAGGUGGAAGCUAUAGGCCUCCUUCUGAAGCAGGACAACACGUGUGUGUUUUGUGCGUCUUGUUUUCCUUAGCGAGCAAUAAUCUUGUUGACAGGAAGGCAGAACUGGUACUGAAGCAGCCUUCAGAGGGCUCAGGUUAGGACCGUCAGUCAUUCACAUGCAAAAGGAUACGAGGUUAUGAAGCUUGUUAGUCGCCACGUUUAUCCAGCUAAAAAAGAAAAAACAUGGCCGCAUCUUAUACACUUCAAUGCAGCCAACAUUGCGUGGAAGGUGCUGAGAAAUAUGUCAGGGGGCCUGUAUAUACUUGUGUUACUGUUCUCCAGACAGAUUGUCUGGAAUUAAUCUCAGUAACAUUUAAUGGUGGAAAAUGUAACCUGCAUUUAGAAGAGAUAUCUUUUGGUUGACACUGGAGAUUUGUGCUUCCUGACAUGCGGCCCAGAUGAUACAGCGAUCCAGGUCUCCUUUAGCUGCCUCAUCACUGAUCUAAAUGUUUUCACACACAGACAUCCGUAAUGCAUGUUUGCAUUAUGUUCUGUGACGUAAUUUGACAUUUUGAUUGGGUUAAUUGAUGAGAACUAACAUCUUAACAUCUGGAGAAAGUCGGUCCUGUCUGUUCUCUCUGCUGAUGAGUUGAGCACAGUUGAGCAGCUUGAGCGCUUUCACGUUUCAUCCACAAAUUAUGAGUCUGAAAGUAAAUGCAGCUGUUGUGUUUUUAUGACUUAACGACUUAACAGCUAAAUAUGUGUCCAUCAUCUGUGUCUACAUUCAUUGUCGGUAUUUAUUGCAGUCAGUGUCUCCUGUAUUAUAACGGUUAACUAUAUUUACUGAAACAUAAACAUAUUAUAACUGUGUCAAAUGUUGAUAUUUACACCAUGUGGUCAGUAUUGUAACGGACGAGAGGAGAAGUCUUACUGUUUUCAUGAUUCCUUUCUGCUGAAGGAGAAGCAAAGUGAACUCUGCAUGAAAAAAGAAAAUGCUUUUGUUUAAUCUUUUUAUUAUAGGAUUUAUACACUUUUGACAUAUUAGGGUAAUUUCAUGUUUUGUGUCUGCAUUGCUUCAAAGGUGUGAUCAAAGCUACUGUUGUGUGCUAUAUGAGAAAAUUAUAUACACAAAGAAAGGUUUAAAAAAAAAAAAAAAGCUUCUCACAAUGCUUUCCAUGUGCCAACAUUUUUUGUUUGUUUGUUUUCCAGGAAAAACAGGCAUAUAAUAAAGGAUUCAAAGAUG